AUGGCCGGAUUCAGCUUCGCCAAGAAGUUCACUCACAAGAAACAUGGAAAGACACCUUCUGAUGCUUCUAUCUCUGACCAAUCUAGAGAAGCUUCGCUGUCAACUCUUUCAAAUGAAAAAUUUUUUACAAAACAGGAAACUCCUCAGAAAGGACGUCAAUUCUCACAAGGUUACCACCCAAACGUUAAUAAAACCAGUUCACCCCCUAUGUUUGCCAGAAAACAACAAUCGGAAUCAAGAAUCCAACCGAGUGCAGUACCACCGCAACAACGAAAUGUGUCAGGGCCGUCUACUACUCUCCAUAAACAGCUUUCAAAACAGAGAGAAUAUACUGUGUGGAAUAGAAUCAAGUUACAGAAUUCACCUUUCCCUCGUUAUAGACAUGUUGCCUCGGCAUAUGUUACAGACAAGAACCAGAUAUAUGUCAUUGGAGGACUUCAUGACCAAUCUGUGUACGGCGAUACAUGGAUAUUAACAGCCUUUGAUAAUGCUACCAGAUUUUCCACCACUACAAUAGACAUAAGUGAAGCUACGCCACCACCAAGGGUAGGCCACGCUGCUGUCCUAUGUGGAAAUGCGUUUGUUGUGUUUGGUGGUGACACACAUAAAGUUAAUAAGGAAGGUUUAAUGGACGAUGACAUAUACCUUUUGAAUAUUAAUUCCUACAAAUGGACAGUCCCAGCACCUGUGGGACCACGUCCAUUGGGUAGAUACGGCCAUAAAAUUUCAAUUAUUGCCACAACUCAAAUGAAAACAAAAUUAUACGUCUUCGGUGGUCAAUUUGAUGACACUUACUUCAAUGACCUAGCUGUUUACGACUUAUCUUCUUUUAGAAGGCCGGAUUCACAUUGGGAAUUUUUGAAGCCGAAAUCUUUCACGCCGCCACCUAUCACCAAUUUUACCAUGAUAUCAUAUGAUUCCAAAUUAUGGGUAUUUGGUGGCGACACCUUACAAGGUUUAGUAAAUGAUGUGUUUAUGUACGACCCUGCAAUAAACGAUUGGUUUAUCAUUAAUACCACAGGUGAGAAACCUCCUCCAGUUCAAGAACAUGCUACCGUAGUCUACAAUGAUUUAAUGUGCGUAGUAGGCGGAAAAGAUGAGCAUGAUGCUUAUUUGAACUCCGUGUAUUUCCUAAACUUGAAAUCGCGCAAAUGGUUUAAGUUACCUGUAUUUACGGCGGGAAUCCCGCAAGGUCGUUCUGGGCAUUCUCUAACACUAUUAAAAAAUGAUAAAGUUUUGAUUAUGGGAGGUGAUAAAUUUGAUUAUGCUAGAGUUGAGGAAUCCGACCUGCACACUUCUGAUAUUGAUAUGCAAAGAGGUACGAUUGUUUAUACGUUAGACUUGGCCCGCAUAAAAGACCUUUGUCCAGGCAUAAUGGAUGUUCCAAGUGAGACUGCUGUUCAGAGAAAUGGUAGCCUUGACCUGGCGACGCCCGUUACCCCAACCUCUCAUAAAAACAGGAAUAUGAACAUUUCAAGUUCAGCAGCUCCUCCAGCUUUCGCUCCAUCGCCUGCACCAGAAGCUUUUCCGGAAGCUGAUCAUGUCAACAGAGAGAUGCACAAUCGAGAUGUUUUAACAGAACAUCAAAAUCAGAAUCCUCCAGUAAAUUCUGAGUCUCACCUAAUUACUGAGCCUAACAUUUUGACUCCAUAUGUCCCUUCUGAAAGCUCACAGACACCUGUUAUGAAAACAACUUCCAACAAGCCAUUUGAUACCCCAAAUAUCCAGAAAGAAACUGAUCUGACUGAAACUAUCGAUCCAACAAUUGGAAAUCAGCGAAUCCCAUCUUCAACUUAUGGUGACAGCCUUACCCCAUCAAAACAAAUAAAGAACAACUCCUCCCCAAUUGUAGAGACGCUUUCAAGUAAUGACAUAAAAACGCCUCAAAAUGGAAAUGUAGAAGAAACGAAACUUUACCCCGGCACGGAUGAAAAAACAGAUUCUACAACUGCUUUCAACGAAGAGAUGAGUGAGAACAAGUUAAGCACAUCUUUGAUGGCCAAGGUCGAAGAGGAAGGCGGCGUUGUUGACGAAGACGAUGAAAUUGGUGUGGCCCAAAUGGCCAGCUCACCAUCAAAAGAUCAGUUCAAAAUAAAGCAUUAUAACGAAUCUUCAGAGUUAUCGCAGAACAAUACGGAGAUCGACAAACUAUCUGAGCCUGUAGAUAUCACGAUAAAGAAAAUCGAUGCCGCGAGUCAUGAUAUUGGAGCAAGUGAUGAGAAAAAUAUGCCCUCAAUGAGAGACGUUCCAUCUGAUAUGAAAGGUGAAAAAGCUGACGUUUCUGUAAAUAGAGAUGUUACUACUGAGGUCGUGGAUAGAGCAUUAUUUGAGAAAUUGAGAUCGGAAUUACAAAGUUUGAAAGAACUGACACAUGAAAAGGCACUUGAAGCCGGAGCACACAUAAAGGAACUAGAGACGGAGCUAUGGCAGUUAAAAUCCCAGAGGAACACUGGGACAAACAAAGAAAUAGAUGAAUUGGAUUCUGUCAGACUGCAAUCAAAAUGUGAAAUAUUAGAAGCAGAUAAUCACUCUUUGGAAGAUAAAGUUAAUGAGCUAGAAAAUUUAGUGAACAGCAAAUUCUUAGAUAUAGAAAAUCUAAACGAAGUUGUGCAAUAUCAAAAUGAAAGAAUGAAAUCCUUAGAACUAGAGCCUGAUUACAAAGAAAAACUUGAGGAAUUGCAGAUAGAACAUGAAAACUUGAUUAGGGAAAAUGAACGGUUGAAAAAUGAGAGCAAACAGCACAACGAAGAUAUUAUCAAUCAGGUUUCUAAUUACUCAUCACAACUAGGCUCAUUGAUCAGCCAUUGGAAAGAAAAUAAGGCCAGCUCUUCGUUUCUUGCAUCCUCUUCUUCUUUGAUAUCCGUCUCGGACGAAAAUGGUGAAAAUUCUGUCAACGAACCCUAUGGUGACCAAAGUCGUCACCACCGUGUGGUGAUCAACAAACUAACAAAUAGGUUGGAUGAUUUGUUGGAAAAAAGUCAAGAGCUAACAAUUUCGAAAGAAAAAUUGUCUUCUGAAUACCAUGCUUUAAAAAUGGAACACAGCUCAUUAAGUCAAGAUGUAUUGGUAAAAGAGAACGAAAUCAAAAAAAUACAGAAUGACUACAAAGAAAGCAUCAAUUCUAUGGACAGCGCAAGUAAGGCACUAAUGGUUUCGCAAAGAGAGCUAGAGAAGUACAAGAGCUUGAAUAAAAAGUUGAUUGACGAGUUAGAUGAAUUGAAAUUCAAAAACAGCAUCUGUAGUAAAAAUUCAGAAAAUGGUUUUAAAAGCACCGGGGAGAGUUCCAAUGAUGUAAAAAAUAGCAACACUAUAAGAGAAAAUCAGUUCAACAUUAAAAUAAAUGACCUGAAGGCGGAACUCUUUAUCACUAAUCAAGAAAGAGAUAACUUGAAAAGUGAAGUGUUAGAGUUGAAGAAGAGAUUAUUGAAUUUAGAAAAUAGCACUAAACAAGCCAAUGAAGAUGGUGACAGUGAUCUACUAUGA